AUGACGUUCAAGGCUUACUGUACUGCCCUGUUGUUAUCCCUACUGCUCAGAAUGGCACCACACUUACAAGAGCUGUCACCUCGCCGUUGCGACCAGUGCCACGACACCACCUAUAUUCUUCAACGCGUACUCCCUGUCGUCAUUCCGAUCGCUUUGAUCCUCAUUCUUGGCCUGGCAUACUGCUUCUGCACUCCUUGCAGACAUUGGCGAGAACAGCGAAGGCAGAGGAGGCGCGAAGCAGAAAAAGCCGCCGCCAGGCAGCGAGGGCAAUGGAGACGCGAGAGGUUGCAAGCCAUGAAACAGAAGGAUAGAAGUGAUGAACUGGAGCAAGACGGCGGCCCUAUUUCCAUCGGAGAGUACGAAGAACGUCACAAUAGCGCUGGGAACAAAACUGUCAAGCCAGAGAAACCACCUCCAACCUACCAUGCCGCUACUGGCCAGACACCACCAAAGGUCUACCGAGACCCGAACCCUAAUAGCAUGCUUAAUGUUUAA